AUGCCGAACUGGGGAGGAGGCGCCAAGUGCGCGGCCUGUGAGAAGACGGCCUACCACGCCGAGGAGGUCCAGUGCAACGGGAGGAGCUUCCACAGGAGCUGCUUCAUCUGCAGUGAGAAGCUGCUUCUCACCACCGUGGCUGCGCACGAGUCUGAGAUCUACUGCAAGUCCUGCUACGGAAAGAAAUACGGGCCCAAGGGCUACGGAUACGGCCAAGGAGCCGGGGCCCUGAGCUCCGACCCCCCCGGACAGGACCAGGAGCAGCAGCCCGACCAUUCCAAACCAGAAAAGACCUCCCCAAAGCCGAACGCCAACAAGUUCUCCCAGAAGUUCGGGGGGGCGGACCGCUGCCCCCGCUGCUCCAAAGCAGUGUACGCCGCCGAGAAGGUGAUGGGAGCCGGGAAGCAUUGGCACAAAACCUGCUUCCGCUGCGCCCUGUGUGGAAAAAGCCUGGAGUCGACCACGGUGACGGACAAGGACGGAGAGCUGUACUGUAAAGUUUGCUACGCCAAGAACUUCGGCCCCAAAGGAUUCGGGCUGGGGAACGCCGCCAUGCUGGAGGAGCGAGAGUGA